ACGACACGUGUAUGGUGACGUGGAAACUGCCUUCUCUCUCUCCUCUUCCUUUUUCACCACCCCUUCAUUCUCUCUCUCAAUGCCAUGCUCUUUCCCUCGUUUUUUAAGAGAGAGAAAGUAGAGAGAGAAGUUGCAUAAUUGCUUUUCCAAACCUUAAUUUGAGGAUAGUUCGAAGCUACCAGGACCAAUUGUUGUUGUUCCUCCUUUUUGUUUUUUAAUUGGGGAUUUUCGCUUUCGUUUUUUUACCCCCCUUGACGAUAGAGUUGGGUGUUUUUCAGCUGAAUAAUUUGUCGGGGAGUAUUUGACUUGGUGCAUUUCUUUUGGAGCUUACCUCAUGGGAAACAGUGAGGAAGGGAAACCCGUUAAGAAUGGAAAUCCUUCUUCACCCGUAACAACUGAUCAAACCAAUCAGGCCAACCAGCCUAACAUUCAUGUCUACCCUGAUUGGGCUGCCAUGCAGUAUUAUGGGCCGAGAGUCAACAUUCCACCAUACUUCAACUCAGCCGUGGCUUCUUCUGGUCAUGCUCCACACCCAUACAUGUGGGGACCCCCACAGCCUAUGAUGCCACCUUAUGGGCCUCCUUAUGCAGCAUUUUAUUCACAUGGAGGGGUUUAUACUCACCCUGCAGUUGCUAUUGGGCCACAUUCACAUGGUCAAGGAGUUCCUUCUUCUCCUGCUGCUGGGACCCCUUCGAGUGUGGAAACACCAACCAAAUUAUCUGGAAAUACUGAUCAGGGUUUAAUGAAGAAAUUGAAAGGGUUUGAUGGGCUUGCAAUGUCAAUAGGCAAUUGCAAUGCUGAGAGUGCUGAGCGUGGGGCUGAAAACAGGCUGUCACAGAGUGUGGAUGCUGAGGGUUCAAGUGAUGGAAGUGAUGGUAACACUGCAGGGGCUAAUCAAACAAGAAGGAAAAGAAGCCGAACGGGAACACCAACUACUGAUGGAGAAGGGAAGACUGAGAUACAAGAUGGUCCAGUUUCCAAAGAGACUUCAGCUUCUAAAAAGAUUAUGCCAGUUACCCCAACGAGUGUUGCAGAAAAAUUAGUUGGACCUGCAGUUUCUUCAGGUAUGACCUCAGCACUGGAGCUUAGGAACCCUUCCGCUGUUCAUUCUAAGGCAAAUUCUGCAAGUGCUCCACAACCUUGUGGAGUUUUGCCUUCUGAAGCUUGGUUACAGAAUGAGCGUGAGCUGAAACGGGAGAGGAGGAAACAGUCCAACCGUGAAUCUGCUAGAAGAUCUAGGCUGAGGAAGCAGGCUGAGACCGAAGAAUUGGCAAGAAAAGUUGAACUGUUAUCGACUGAGAAUGUGUCACUGAAAUCAGAAAUAAAUCAAUUGACUGAAAGUUCUGAGCAGCUGAGGAUGGAAAAUUCUGCAUUGAGGGAAAAACUGGGAAAAUCUGAUCCGGGACGAACAGAAGAAAUAAUUUUGAGCAGCAUUGACAGCAAGAGGGCUACACCUGUGAGUACAGAAAACUUACUAUCAAGAGUUAAUAAUUCCAGUUCUAAUGAUAGAACUGCAGAGAGUGAGACUGAUUUCUGUGAGAAUAAAACGAACUCUGGUGCAAAGCUGCAUCAACUACUGGAUACAAAUCCUCGAGCUGAUGCUGUGGCAGCUGGUUGAAACCAGUCAUUGCACUGGCUCAUUAUGUAGUUUUGGCAUAUUACAAGUCCAAAAUUACAGCUAAGUGCUAACAGUUUUCAAAGGGAUGGAUCAGCUAAAUUUUAAAAUCUAAAUCCAUCAAGACCCGAACUAAUUCUUUGCCUGUCAGUUUCUUUCUUAGGACAAAAACUCUGUAUUCUAUUAGAUUUCACAGAAAUGGAUGACAACUUUAAAGUUUGUAAAUUGAAGGGAGUUAGAGAUUUAGUUUAGACUUUUUAAUAGAGGGUUGUCAACCGCUGUAUAAUUGGUUGGGUAUUAACUAUUGGUGUGAACUUUCUGAUGCUAUCUGAGCUAUGGUUACCUU